AUGGCGCACAAGCAAGAAGAGAGGGAGUACGACGUGCUUGUGUGGGGCGCGACCGGGUUCACAGGCCGGCUGGUAGCGCAGUACAUGGCGGGGCGCGCCAAAGCUGCUGGCCUGCGCUGGGCCGUGGGCGGCCGCAGUGCCGCACGACUGGCUGAGGUCAAGCGCGGGCUGGAGGCCACCCACGGUGAGCUCGACGAGGUGGGAGUGGUCACGGGCGACUCGACUAACGCGGCCGACAUGGAGGCGGUGGCGCGUACGACCAGAGCUGUGAUAAGCACUGUGGGUCCCUUCACCAAGUACGGCACGGCGCUCGUCGCCGCCUGCGUCAAGGUUGGCACCCACUAUGCAGACAUCACUGGCGAAGCGCCUUGGGUAAGGAGUCUCAUCGACAAGUACCACGCAGAGGCCAAGGAGAAGGGCGUGUGCAUCGUGCCCAUGUCCGGCUUCGACUCCAUUCCCGCUGACAUAGGAACGUUUAUGCUGGCCGACUACGUGGCCAAGGCACGCCUCCCGUGGGCACACGUCCCGUUCGUGGCUAUGCAGAAGUACGGAGCACAGCUGGGCGCGGUGGAGGCCCUGGUGAGGCUCAACGGUGGGUUAAGUGGCGGCACCGCGGCGUCGAUGAUGGAGAUGGCGAGCCAGGGCUCGGGCGGAGGCAACACGCGGACUUGGACCAACUUCUUCAUCAUGGCCCUGGUCAACACCCGCGUUGUGCGCCGCUCGAACGCUCUUCUGGGCGACGCCUAUGGCCCCAACUUCCACUAUAACGAAUACGCCAAGGCGAAGGGAUUGUUGAUGGCCAUCCUGUUCACCGUGGCCCUGUUCAUCUUCGGCAUCAUGCUCCGGGUCCGUUUCACCAGGGAGCACGUGCUGAAGAAGCUCCUGCCUGCCCCUGGCGAAGGUCCCAGUGAGGAGAAGAGGGCCAAGAGCAACUUCAGGUACGAGCUCUACGGUCAGGUGGACUACAGCAAGAGCGAGGAGCAGGCCGAGGGCAGGCCCAAGAUGGUGAAGGCUGUGGUGUCGGGCAGGGACCCGGGCUACACCGAGACCGCCGUCAUGCUCUCCGAGGUGGGUAUUGCGCUUGCCGAACUCAGCUCCCGCGGCGAGCUGCCCGUCAACCCGGCCGUGGGCUCCGGCGGCAUCCUCACCCCGGCUUCGGCGCUCGGCUCUCAGCUCGUCCAGCGCCUUCAGGCCGCCGGCCUCAAGCUCCACGUCGAAGAUCUGCAUUAA